UAUGUUUGUAGGGACAUGAAUGCAUUUAACCCUAUAAUAUUAGUUGGUUGAACUUGCGCAAUUCGAACUAUAGUGUAGACCUCUCGUAGUCAGUCGCUAAUGCUAGCAGGCUAAGUGUACACUUCAGAUAUAAGCACUCCAUCUUUACACUUGGAGGUUUACUAAUAAUUUCGUUUCCCGCUACCUAUAAUUCACAUGAAAUAUGUGAUGUUGCUUUAUCAUUUUUGUUCCUAUAGUGAAAUAUGCUUAUCACAUCAAAUUCAUUGUCAACCGUGAUAUGAUUGUUCAGUGUACUAUUUACACUAUAGAAGGAUUUCAUAAAGCUAACAAUCCUAUACUUCUAUUCAUACAAUACUAUCAUUCAUUGUUGCCUUUAAAAUUUUAUCAACACUUUGUAUGUGGAGUGUGAUACCUCGCUUUCUGUGGAAGGUCACCCAUUUUAGAACUAUUCUAGCUUUAGCAUGCUUAACCCUCUUAAACUCUUGGGCCUAACUGCUACCCAAAUUACCACAAGCCUACAACCAGGUUAAGAGGUUUAGCUCUAUUAUAUAUUAUAUAAUAUAUAUAGAACUAUUUCAAAUCAUGGGGGUGUCACAUUCCCCUUCUCUUUAAGCCCUAAUGUGCUCAACUGUGUUCACAAGUACUAGGCGAUGUGAGACUCGUCUCGUUAGUCUUAGCCGAUCUUGUGGUGAGCCGUACUCCACCCACAAUAGUUGUCAGCUGGGGAGCUACGCUUUUGCUUGUCUGUAUGACCCUGAUUCAGUUGAGAAUCAUCUCACACUUCCGAUUGAUGAUUGGAUUUGAUUCCAGCUGUGACACCCCCUAUGAUUUGGAAGUCCUAUAUAUAAGAUAUAAUAGGGCUAAAAUUUUUUAACCUGGUUAUAGCAUUUUGGGUGGUGGUUAGGCCCAAGAUGUUAAGAAGGUUACGCAACGCAUGUUAGAGCUGAAAUAGUUCUAGCUAAUUAACCGGCCUGGGAAGCAGGGCAUUACAAUUUGUAUCAGAGCCAAGCGCUUGCGAGUAUGCUUGAGCCUGACGAGAACCUCAGGGCUUAAUAGAGGGAGAGAGGGUAGGGAUAGUCCAAUAUAGAAGGUAUAUAAGGGCUAAACCUAUUAAUCCUGCUAUAGUAUUGUAGGAGUUGGCUAGGUCCAAAAGGUUAAGAGGGUUGAGAAAGCUUAGGGUUAGAGUAGCUCUAGAAUUGGUGACCCUCUGAGCUAUAAAUUUUGGAAGGUGGCUUGGUCCAAGAGGUUAAGGGGGUUGAGCAAGCUUAGGGUUUAGAAUAGUUCUAGAAUUGGUGACCCUUUGAGCUAUAAAAUUUUAGGAGGUGGCUAAGGCCAAGAGGUUAAGAGAUUUGAGGGAGCUUAGGGUUAGAAUAGUUCAAGGAUGGAUGUUCUAGAAUGGGUGACCCCCCGGAAAAUUGGGUAUCACAUGGAGUCUAUUAGAUUGAUGAAACACAAAAAAAGAAGAAUUGUAAUUUCUCCCUUUUAAAUUAUCGAGCCUGCCAACUGUCCAUCUAUCUCACAUAAUUCUCAAGACAAAUUUUUAGCUCUCUGCCUUUGGAUUCACAACUAAUCAGAUACCGGCUCUCAAGAGCUGAGAUAUGCCAAAAAGAGUCUAUUGAAGGAUUGAGCGAAUUCUGUAAUUAUUUUAUUACACUUUUACUAAUCUCCUGGUAAAACCUAGAAACGGGAAGUUUUUUGUCCAUCUAUUUAUUAUCACUAGGAUCAUUAUUCAUCAGUCUAUUUAUGGACGACUAGUAUAGAAGAAAGUAGCUGAUGGUUAUAAGAAUUUAUAUGCACCCAAACAAUUGCACUUAGGCCCUCACAAUUUCACCCUUCAGCCAUUACAAUUUAGUCUCUCGCAAGCUGAGUACCGGUACUCGGGUUGGAGUACCGGUACGCGGGGCUUCCAGUACCGGUUUCAGCCAUACAGUACCAGCCACCAACCCGAGAGCUAUGCAAGCUUUGGUCUAACUUGGAGUACAGGUACACAGAUCCAGUACCGGUACACGACUAGUCCAGUACCGGUAUUGGACAUGCAGUACCGGUACACACUGGUGUGUCAUCCCAAACCCGAGAGCUAGCCUCUCGGGCAGCUCACAGAGUACCGGUACCCAAAUCCAGUACCAGUUCUCAGCCUCUUAGGGUCCUGAACUCGAGAGCUGCACAAUUUGCACUUCUAUUGGGUACCCGUACCGCAUUGCUUUGAUAUCGGCACUCAAUGUCCAUUUUGCAGUCCAACAGCUGCAAUAUUUUGGGAGUCCGUUUUCGCGCCCGAUUUGCGCUGAAACACCCAAAUACUUCCGAAAUUCACUUCUGACUAUCCCUAUGCCUUCAAGGCAACUCGGGGACAUCACUUAUCACAUUCAUACCUCACUUUGAUCAAUUCGAUCAAAAUUAGCAUCGCGACUCGGGGAUUCGGUAUAUUACAUAAAUUCGAAUAAAAUUUUAAUUUUAUAUUUUAUUUUAAAAUUAAAAUAAAUUAUAAUUGCAUAAUUGGUCCCCAAUCUUUUCACGUUUUAUUUACAGAUUGUCUAAAAAAUUCAUCACUUCGCCAAAUUUAAUGGCUCAUUCAACAAUUAGAAUCUAAUUGCAAUUAAUUAAAGAGUUUGGAUACUUAGAUUGCAGAAAAAAUAAAAAAUAAAAAAAAACUUUAAGUGAAAAAAUAGAAAGGUUUGGACCGAUGAUGCAAUUAACCCAAAACACAGAAAAAGAAGGCAGCACAGCACCAAUCUUUUUCUAUCUUCCUCCGCCGGCGACUGGGUGUUACCUCACUGAUCCGCAGCCGCAGUAGGCGCUCUCUCCUUUACACCUCUUUUAAUUUCCCAGUCUGCUGCUCUCCUCACCGUCCUCUGAACUGCUCGCCUUCGUUCCCGGAGGAAGUCCGACUAGAGUUCAAUUUCGACCACCCAGAAAGGAAAAGAAAAUGUAGCCCAGACUAGUGAGUUAUUGGAGAUCUUAAAUGGGUGCCAUGGCGGGACAAAUUAUUCCAUCCCUUGGUCGAGUGAGGCUUGCCGAUCUUGUUGCUUGUGAGGGGCUUCCUUCUGAUUCUUACAAGAUCUCAGUAACAACUCUAACACAGUCUCUUGCUCAAUAUUCAGCUGCAAUUGUUCAAUUGCCGUCUAGCGACGGUGCUCUGUUAAGGUCUGGUUUGGAGUCAGCUCGUCUCUUUUUCCAUCAGCAUGCGUACCCUUCGGGCGAGAUGGUUCAUACAAACGACUCUCGAGAGUGGUGCAAGACCUCAGGUUACUAUACAGACCCUCAACUUUGGCUAGAAACAUAUGACUACAGGCCUGGUCUUACUCCAACAGAGCCCAGCGGUGCUAUGGAAUUUCCCCCGGCUGGUCUGCCUGACAUAUUUGCAGUGCUCGGGAAAGUCGCUCGAGAUAUUCUGGAUGCUAUUAGCUUUUCUCUGAAUCUACGUAGCUUUUCAUUUACUGAAAUACUGGACAACUUGCCUUUGAGGAACAGAGAAAUAUCUUCUUCAGUUCUUUCGGUAUGCUGCCACUCGAGGCCUUCUUUCCAAGAAGCGCAGCAUCACAGCCUUGCAGCACAGGAGGAUGGACAAUUGGUGAUGUUCCAAGAUCAUGAGCAUCAGUUUGAUAAGACAUUAUUCACCAUAGUCAAGGCAGAUAGGGCGGGUUUGCAUGUAAAGGACUUCAACGGGCGCUGGAUACUUGCAGAUGGGGAUUUAGGCCCUCAAGAUGCCGUCGUCUACCCUGGACUUGCUCUUUAUCAGGCGACUGCUGGUUAUGUCAACCCGGCUAUGUAUAGAACGGAGAUAGGCAACUUGCAGGGAAACAUAUAUGGACGGUGCUCUUUGGCUUUCAAGCUCAUGCCGAGAUCCAUGGCGAGUUUAAGCUGCUCAGAGAUGAGGGCAGCUGGCCAUGGUGUUGAGGCCCAAUUCCAGAUUCCCAUACCAGUGGAUGACUUCAUGCAGAGAUCACACCCAACCGACCUGCUCUUCACCAAGAGCAAUUUGCCGACUUAUACAUUCCACACGGGACAAGAUGUUUCUUUUAAACAGCCUUUGAUGAAGAGGAAGAAGAGCAGUGCAAGGACCAAGCCUCUGCCCCCAUCCAAAAGAUUGCGUCUCGAGGCUCAAAGGGUUUUAAAGGAGCGGGUUCAGGAGAUUGCAGACAAGAAAGGCAUCAAACUGAGAUUUUGUAAUCUCAAGGAAUGUGAGGGCCACAUACAGGCGCUAGACAGCCCAUGUGGUAGCACUAGAAUGGAGAUAGGAUGGCCACCUGGUGUUCCUUUUGUUCAUCCCCAUGAUCUUCCCAACAAAGCAAAGCUUGGGUUUCUUGAAGCUUAUGAGCCUGGUUGGACUGCAUCUCAGCAUGAUAUGGAGUUAAGUCUUAGUGAACCCAGACAGGCCAGUCAAAAAUAUUGUUUACUUUUAACUCCCCUAGUCCUACUUCGGUGCAUGCAUGCUUUUCUGUUUACUAAUACACCACAGUUAUGUAAGUAGUUGUCGCGCAAGCUGUACCUUUUUUCUUCUGUUUCCUUUUUCUUACAAUUUCGGCAAACCUAAUUUUGCUGUUAACUCAUAAUAAUCAUGUCGUAAAAAUUUAAGCCCUUUAUGUUGCAAAUUUCCUCAUUGUGAAUUACAAUAAACGCACAUCAUUUUGUCCGGUUUUUAUGAAUAAUUGAUAGUUUGCAUCAGUAGUAUAAUAUUAUAUUCUUAACACCAACAUAAUGUGCCCCUUCCAAAUGCUUUAUUUUUCU